AUGUUUCCAAAGUUCGCCGCCAUACAGGCGGAAAGGGAGCGAGGCGCCUCGGCCACAGUUGACCUCGACGAAGAUGGCGACGUGGAGGAGGACGAACGGGCUAUCACCGAAGGCCACGCAGUCAACUUGGAAGAAGAUGAGCAGCCGAACCAAGAAUCAGAUGAGGAGGAGUACUCGAUUUUGCAAAAAUCGCCGGAAGAGCAGGCCGAGAUCUUGGCGGAAAUACGGGACUUGAACGACUCCGUACCACAACUGGCGGAUUCCUAUCGCAUCGUAGACAGACUUGGAACAGGCACGUUCUCCUCGGUCUAUAAGGCUGUUGACCUCCGUUACGAGCUCUUCGACAACACCCCAUGGCAAGGUCGAAAUUGCCCGUCGUCUUCAUCCGCCUUUCACCCGACGCAGCCCGCACCGUCUUCAAACAAGGUAUUCGUGGCCAUAAAACGUAUAUACGUGACAAGCAAUCCCGAGCGCAUUCGCAAUGAAGUCUCGAUAUUGGAGGACUGCAGAGGGUGCAGGCACGUCAGCCAACUCAUUACCGCCUUCCGGCACCGUGAUCAGGUGGUGGCAAUAAUGCCAUAUCAUCGGAAUGACGAUUUCCGGGACUACUAUAGGCAGCUCCCUAUGCCAUGCAUUAAAGCAUACUUCCGUUGCAUGUUUCGCGCAUUGCGGGACAUCCACGCGAGACAAAUCAUUCACCGGGAUGUGAAACCAGCCAACUUCUUGUUUGACCCAGCAACUGGUCUUGGGACGCUCUGUGAUUUCGGUUUAGCUUGCAGGGUAACGGGCCCCACUAUGCGCCUUGGUGCUUGUCUACACGAUACACCAUCUCGCGCACAUCCUCAUGGCAAGAGAUGGCUAUCGUUGAAGAAGUUGUCUACGGCCGACGUGGAACGUGUGAAGUUGACACAAAGGGAGGCCAGACAGAAGAGUUCCUGGGCGAGUGAUAGAGUCGGAUAUCCAGAUCACGAUCAAAGACCGCAUUCGAAGGCAAACCGAGCCGGUACAAGAGGGUUUCGCGCCCCUGAAGUGUUAUUGAAAUGCGCUGACCAAAGCGGAGCCAUCGACGUGUGGUCAGCGGGGAUGAUUUUGCUGUUCUUCCUUACUGGCAAAUUUCCUCUCUUCCAGUCCAGCGACGACAUUGAAGCUUUGAUGGAAAUUGCUGCUAUCAUCGGGAGAAAGCGUAUGGAGCGAGCUGCAACCCUGCAUAGUCGAACGUUCUCGACCAAUGUGCCGUCGAUC